AUGCAGAACGAUCUGAGUGAGUUCUUUGCGCUGCUGGAUCUGGUCAACCCCGGCUGCCUGGGCCCGCUGCCUGCCUUCCGCCGCAUCUUCGCCGACCCCAUCCAGCGCAGCCGCGACCGCAGCGCCACGGAGGAGGAGGUGCGGGUGGGGGGGGGCGAGGUCACAGGAGCUGCAGGCCAAGGCGGCGGCCUUUGUGCUGCGCCGCACUGCUGCAGUCAAUGCCGCCUACCUGCCACCCAAAUCAGAGUACAUAGUGUUUUGUCGUCUGCACGACCAGCAGGCACGCCAGUACUCCGACUUCCUGCGCUCCACCGUACGUGCCUCGCCCCCCCCUCACUUGCUGCUCCGCACACUCAACACAACAGCUUGUGCACUCCACCUCGUGUUGCAUUGUCGUUCCAUGUGCCAUGUACCAUACGCCAUAUGCUGUGCCCCAUGCACUGUGCAUGUUGCUAUCGAUGCGCCCCUGCCCGUGUCCCCUUGCCUACCUUCCCUGCCAUCUAUUCCCCCACCACUUGCCCUUUCCACCCCCACACCACAUGCGCUAUCUGCCCCUGCGCCGCCAUCACCACAUCCCGUCUUUCCCCCGUGUCUCCUCCCCUCCUUGUCCCCUCCCCUCCUUGUCCCCUCCCCCCCGUGUCCCCUCCCCCCCGUGUCCCCUCCCCCCCGUGUCCCCUCCCCCCCGUGUCCCCUCCCCACCGUGUCCCCUCUCCCCUGUGUCCCAUUCCCCACCUGUCCCCUUCCACCCUGUGUCCCUCCCCCCCCCCCCCCCCCUCCUGUGCGUGGCAGCACGUGCGGGCGCUGCUCUAUGCCACGGCGCCCGGCAGCACAGCCAGUGCGCUCACGGCCAUCUGCCACCUCCGCAAGCUCUGCCUGCACCCCGCCCUCGCUGCCCCCCCCACGCCCUCCUUCCCCCCCCCGCGCUCCCCCUCCCCUGCUGCCUCCGCCUCUGCUGGCUGCGCUGCUGCGGGGGAGGAAGGGGGAGAUGAGGAGGAAUGGGCAGGGGAUGAGGAGCAAGAGGUGGAAGAGGAGGAGCAGGGGAAUGUAGAGUGGGCAGCAGAAGGGGGGGAGGUGGGGGGAUGUGAGGGAGGGGUGGCAGGAGGGAACGAGGCAGAUCAGAAGCGCAGUGGUUUCAGUACAAGCAUGCCGAAUCCGUCUUCCUCUCGCCCUCUCCCCCUCCGCCCCCCCCAUCACUCCCCCAGGCCGCCAUCCAUGCUCCCCCAGGCGUCCCCAUCCGCCCAGGGCGCGCCCCUGUCGCGCACAGCAGCAGCAGCGGCGUUGGCAGCGGCGCUCAAGGCGCUGGGCGCUGAUGCAUGGCGGCUCAGCGGCAAGCUGCACGUGCUCGCGCUGCUGCUGCACGCCAUCCUGGGGGGGGGCGCACGGGCGGGUGGGGGCGAGGGCAGCGCGCUAUCGAGCAUCACGGAUGGCAGCAGUGCCACUCGUGCUCGUUUCAGUGCUGGUGCUGAUGCUGGUGGCACUGGCGGUGGUGGGGGCAGCAGUGGCGAUAAGGUGGUGAUCGUGUCAAACUUCACACGGGCACUGCAUGUGAUCGAGGCGAUGUGUUCAUGGCACGGGUGGAGGAGCACGCGGCUGGACGGCAGCACGGAGGCAGCGACACGGCAGGCGGUGGUGAGUGCAUUCAACGCGGGGCGCGACGGCAGCUGCUGCUUCCUGCUGUCGUCCAAGGCAGGCGGCGCCGGGCUCAACCUCGUGGGCGCCAACAGCCUCGUGCUCUUCGACCCCGACUGGAACCCCGCCACCGACCACCAGGCGAUGGCGCGCGUGUGGAGGGACGGGCAGAGCAAGGCGGUGGUGAUCUACCGCAUGCUCGCCACUGGCAGCAUUGAGGAGAAGAUCUUCCAGCGGCAGCUCAUGAAGGGCGACGUGGCCAGCGCUGUGGGCGAUGGCACUGCACUGCCGGGCAACAGCACUGGCGCCAGGGGGGGUAGCGGUGGCAGUGACAGCAGCAAGGGUGGCGCGGGGCACUUCACCAAGGAAGAGCUGCGCGAGCUGUUCACCCUGGAGCAGGCCACUGCGUGUGACACGCUGGACCUGCUGCUGCGCUCCAACUCCCCUCUCUCUGCCAAAUGGCUUUCUGCUGCCGCCACCACCACUGCUGCACCUGCUGCGAGCACCAUCUCUAGUACUGCUAGUGUCAGCGCUGUUGCUGCUGGGGCAGGUGCGGGUGGUGGGAGGGGCGGGUUGGCAGCAGGCAUUGCAGAUGGGCCGCUGAGGGAAGUGGUGCGCGCGUGUGAGGGGGUGACGUUCGUCUACCAUGAGUCCUCUGGCUCCCCACACAGCACUGAGACUCCUGUACAAGGUGCUCUUGCUCUUGCUCGUGCUGAUGGCACGCGGCUGGCAGGCCAGGCAGGGGCUCAGCACAACAGUGGAGGAGCAGGAGCAAGCAAAGAGGAAGAGGAAUGUGAGGAGGAAACUGCAGUGUUGGGAGGUGCUGCUGGUGGUGGUGGUGGUGGUGGUGGUGGUGGUGGUGGUGGUGGUGGUGGCGGCGGCGGCGGCGGCGGCGGCGGCGGCGGCGGCGGCGGCGGCGGCGGCGGCGGCGGCGGCGGCGGCGGCGGCGGCGGCGGCGGCGGCGGCGGCGGCGGCGGCGGCGGCGGCGGCGGCGGCGGCGGCGGUGGUGGUGGUGGUGGUGGUGGUGGUGGUGGUGGUGGUGGUGUGGAGAGCGGCAGGAGCACGGAGAGGCGAGCAGAAGAGCAGGGAAAUGAUGGCAAAGGUGGAGGGGCGGCUUUGGAGUUGCUGACGUUCGAUGCGCUUGAAGGUGUUUCCGAUGACGUCAUGGACCUGUUUGGCUCCGAUGUCUUCUGA